UCUUAAUCCAUAGGGUUUAAUAUGACGUCGGCCCACCCUUUGCAGCUAUAACAGCUUCAACUCUUCUGGGAAGGCUUUCCACAAGGUUUAGGAGUGUGUUUAUGGGAAUUUUUGACCAUUCUUCCAGAAGCGCAUUUGUGAGGUCAGACACUGAUGUUGGACGAGAAGGCCUGGCUCGCAGUCUUCGCUCUAAUUCAUCCCAAAGGUGCUCUAUCGGGUUGAGGUCAGGACUCUGUGCAGGCCAGUCAAGUUCUUCCACACCAAACUCGCUCAUCCAUGUCUUUAUGGACCUUGCUUUGUGCACUGGUGCGCAGUCAUGUUGGAACAGGAAGGGGCCAUCCCCAAACUGUUCCCACAAAGUUGGGAGCAUGGAAUUGUCCAAAAUCUCUUGGUAUGCUGAAGCAUUCAGAGUUCCUUUCACUGGAACUAAGGGGCCAAGCCCAGCUCCUGAAAAACAACCCCACACCAUAAUCCCCCCUCCACCAAACUUCACAGUUGGCACAAUGCAGUCAGACAAGUACCGUUCUCCUGGCAACCGCCAAACCCAGACUCGACCAUCAGAUUGCCAGAUGGAGAAGCGUGAUUCGUCACUCCAGAGAACGCGUCUCCACUGCUCUAGAGUCCAGUGGCGGCGUGCUUUACACCACUGCAUCCGACGCUUUGCAUUGCACUUGGUGAUGUAUGGCUUGGAUGCAGCUGCUCGGCCAUGGAAACCCAUUCCAUGAAGCUCUCUACGCACUGUUCUUGAGCUAAUCUGAAGGCCACAUGAACUUUGGAGGUCUGUAGCGAUUGACUUUGCAGAAAGUUGGCGACUUCUGCGCACUAUGCGCCUCAGCAUCCGCUGACCCCGCUCUGUCAUUCUACGUGGCCUACCACUUCGUGGCUGAGUUGCUGUCAUUCCCAAUCGCUUCCACUUUGUUAUAAUACCACUGACAGUUGACUGUGGAAUAUUUAGUAGCGAGGAAAUUUCACGACUGGACUUGUUGCACAGGUGGCAUCCUAUCACAGUACCACGCUGGAAUUCACUGAGCUCCUGAGAGCGGUCCAUUCUUUCACAAAUGUUUGUAGAAGCAGUCUGCAUGCCUAGGUGCUUCAUUUUAUACACCUGUGGCCAUGGAAGUGAUUGGAACACCUGAAUUCAAUUAUUUGGA